CAUUACUGCCAUCUUUGUCAAUGUCAGUGAACUAGAAUAUAAUUUGUUUGUUGACGCAUUUAAAGAAAUUAUUUUAUUAAUUAACAAAUGUGUAUGUGUGUUAUAAGUAUUUUUAUUUUAUAAAAUAAUUUAAUAAAUAUGGCAUCAGCUUUAGAAUCCAUGGUGGUCGACGAAAAACAACUUCCUGAAAAGCCAGUGGAUCGAGAAAAGACAUGUCCGCUCCUACUCAGAGUCUUUUGCAAUACUGGACGACAUCAUAAUAUCAUGGAAUACAGUAGGGGAAAUGUACCAUCCAAUGAACUUCAGAUAUAUACUUGGAUGGAUGCUACUCUACGAGAAAUUACCGGUCUUGUUAAGGAAGUUAAUCCGGAUGCACGGAGUAAAGGAACAUAUUUUGAUUUUUCUUUAGUUACUCCAGAGUUAAGAAAUUCUGGUUAUAGAAUGAGGGAGAUUGGUGUUACAUGUUCAGGUCAGAAAGGAGCUGAUGAUAAUAAAACACUUGCACAAGCACGGUUUACUAUAGGUGAUUAUUUGGAUAUAUCUAUAACGCCACCUAAUAGAAUGAUGCAACCUGCUAUUAGACGUGGAGGACUUCGUCAGUAUUAAUAAUAAAUUAAUUUUCUAUGAUCUCCGCACGCGCGCGCGUAAAUGUGUGCAUAAAACAGUACAAUAAAAAACUUGGUCAUUCAGAAUAAAAUAAAUUUGACAAGUGUGUAUUUCUAAGAUGCAUAAGUUAUGUUUUGUAAUAAUAAAUGGUAUAACAAUUGAUAAA